UAUUGCAUCAGUUUGUGGUUCAUACUCACACACUCACACUAUACAGCCUAAUGGAGUUUAAAAGUCUAUCUGUUUUAGCUCUCUUUUUGUUGACUCUCUUGGGAAUUAAUGGAUUUAAAUCUGAAGAAGAAUAUUGGAAAUCUGUUUGGCCAAACACUCCUAUACCUAAGGCACUUUCAGAUCUUCUAUUGUCUGAUAAAGAAGUAAGUAUACCUAUCAAAAGUCAUGAAGAGAAACAAUAUUGGACUGUCUUUUUUGAACACGACCUAUAUCCUGGGAAGACAAUGAACUUAGGAAUCCCUAAACAUUCAGAUAUCCAAUCAUCAAAAUCAACAACACCAGUACCUGUCAAAAAUGCACGCCAGACUUUUAAGACUCGCAAAGGGCUUGGGCAAACACAUGAAAAAGAAAAUCAACCUUUUGGAUUAACCAUUAAGAGCGACAAAACCAAAAUGGAAAAUAUUGGAACAAAUCAACCUUUUGGAACUUUUGUCUGGUGGCAUAAAAAAGAAACUGAAACACCAAAUCAACCUUGUGGACUUAGUGUUCAUGAUAAAAAAGAAGUUGAAAAAGAAAAUCAACCUUUUGGAACGUUCGUGUGGUGGCAUAAAAGAGAAACUGAAAAAGAAAAGAAACCUUUUGGAUUCAGGGCAUGUUAUAAAAAAGAAAUUGAAAAAGAAAAUCAACCUUUUGGAACGUUUGUAUGGUGGCAUAAAAGAGAAACUGAAAAAGAAAAGAAGCCUUUUGAAUUUAGUGCAUGGGAUAGAAAAAAUACUAAAAAAGAAAAUCAACCCUUUGGAUUUAGUGCGUCGUACAAAAAUGAAGUUGAAAAACAAAAUCAACCUUUUGGAACGUUUGUGUGGUGGCAUAAAAAAGAAGCUGAAAAAGCAAAGAAACAUUUUGAAUUUAGUGCAUGGGAUAAAAAAGAAAGUGAAAAAGAAAAUCAACCUUUUGUAGCACACACAUUAGAUGAAAAAGAAGUUCACAUUCUUAACAACUAUUGUGGAACUCCAUCUGCAAUAGGGGAAGACAAACAUUGUGCCUCAUCACUAGAAUCAAUGAUGGAUUUUGCCAUUUCAAAGCUUGGAAAGAAUAUAAAAGUGAUGUCAAGUUCAUUUUCUCAAAGUCAAGACCAAUAUGUAGUGGAGGAUAUAAAGAAAAUUGGAGACAAAGCAGUGAUGUGUCAUAGAUUAAAUUUUAAAAAAGUUGUAUUUUAUUGUCACACAAUAAAUGCAACAACAACUUAUAUGGUCCCAUUGGUGGCCUCCGAUGGAACUAAAUCGAAAGCACUAACUAUUUGCCACCAUGACACUAGAGGUAUGAAUCCUAAUGUGUUACAUGAAGUUCUCAAUGUUAAACAAGAAAAUGUCCCCAUUUGCCAUUUUAUUGGUAACAAGGCUAUUGCUUGGGUACCCAAUGUGAGCGAGUCUCGUGGCAAUUCUUGUGUCAUCUAGCACAUUUACACAUUGAUUAAGUUUGAACUUGUUCUAAAGUGAUAUCUGAAAAUAAAUAUGAUGUGAAAAAUCAUCAAUUAUGUAUUUACAGUGUCAUCCAUAUAUUCUAAAUAAAAUUAGUUCUAAUUUAGUUAGAACUAAGAGUUUGUGUU